AUGGAUGAUAAUUAUAUAAAGUAGGUGAUUUCAAAAACUUUGGAUAGUUAAUUACUGAAUUUUGAGAAUUGUUAAAAUGCUAGCUACUAAAACAAAUUGGUUGAAACUUUGAGGAAUUCGAAUUAAGUUGAAAUAAUGAACAUCAAAACGAAGUACAUUAUUUAAGAUAACCUAUCUAGAUAUAAAUAAAUUUUCAAUACUGUUGUUUAAACAUUUAUAAACUUGAUCAAAAGUGAAACGGAACAAUAGUAGUCAAAAAUAUUACUCAAAAACAUGGAGCAGAUAUAAUUAAUUGAAUCACAAAAGAAAAAGUUAAAUGAAUACUCAAUCUUGGUAUAACAAACAAAUGAUGAAAAUAUAUAACUACGAACAUAGUUAUAGCUAAUGAAUUAGGACUCAGUUAAUUUAAAUCUGAUUCUUCAUUACUAAAAAGUGUUGAGUGAUUUAUAAUUAGAAUUAGAUUAAUAGAAUACCGAGCUACUUUAAAAGGAUAAAUAGAUAUAUCAGCAGGAAUUGCUAAUUUAAUCCUUAAAACUUGAAAUUUAGAAAUUAAAAUAAUAGAUUAUUUAAUUUAAUACUAAAUUUACUGAAAAAAAUAUUGAAAUCUAGAAAAAAUAAUAGAGCAAAAUUCUAAAGGACCAAUCAACUCAAAUAGAAAUGAUGGAGGAAAUAAAUUUAAAUCAAUAUGAAAAAUUAGUUUCUAUUUAAAAGAAAUAAAACUAAAAUACCUUCGUCAAUCAAUCUUAACGCCAACCUUAAAGUGUAAGUCUCCCAAUUACAAGAAUAAGGUAAUCAAAUAUUUAAGAUUGCGAUAUAUAAUCUACAUAAAUUAUAGAGAAUGAUUUUAGAAAAUGUUAGACAUAAAAUCAAAUGAACAACUCUACUAAUUAAAAAAAUUUAAUACAACUUUCAAAAAUUAAAAUUAGAAAGUUAAAGAAUCUGAAUGAUUUAUAUUUGUACUCAAAAUCUUAAAGAAACUCAAGAGUUGAUGUUGACUAAUACUAUGAACCUUCUUUGCUUUAUCGGUACAAUGUUUUAGAAGGUAUAAAAAAAUGA